AUGCCUCGCACCGCUGUAAAAAGCCAAGUCCUCGCCGAUCUAGUAGCAGAAUUUGCGGAGCCCACACUAGAAGGAAAGGAAGUGUCGGGAUUACUAGGUGCUGAUGAGAAACUGGUCAGCACAAUUUCUCAGCAUGAACACACUUGGUGGAAAGCACACAUCGAUGGCGCAGCGAACCAAAGGGGCUUAUGGGUAGGACUCGUUCUGCUCUCACCCGAAGGGAUAACCAUAGAAAAGUCGUUGAGGCUCGGCUUUUCAGCCACGAAUAAUAAAGCCGAGUAUGAGGCGCUAUUGGAGGGAAUGUCAAUGAUCCGGAAAAUGGGUGGAAAAUCCGUGAACAUGUUCUCGGAUUCGAGACUCAUUGUGGGACAAGUGAACGGGGACUUGGAGGCAAAGGAUGAAAGAAUGCAAGAGUAUCUGGUCCGGGCUAAGCACCUGCAGACCCAUUUCCAUCACUUCCGUUUGACGCAUGUACCCAGAAGUGGGAACACUCAUGCUGAUUCUCUCGCGACGCUGGCUACCUCCUCGGCUCAGCCCCUCCCUCGGGUCAUUUUGGUAGAAGAUCUCUUCCGUCCAAAAACGGAGAAGGCCAACGGAAUUUGGGUACAUAGCGUCAGGGCAGGUCCAAGCUGGAUGGAUCCUCUGGUGAUGUUCUUAAAGCACGACACCUUGCCAGACGAUAAGGUUGAGGCCGACAAAAUCAGAAGAAAAGCUACUCGAUUCUGGUUGUCCGAGGACUCCAAGCUUUAUAGACGCUCGUUCUCAGGGCCGUACCUGUUGUGUGUGCACCCAGAGGCUACUGAACUCAUCCUGGAGGAGUUACACGAAGGAAUUUGCGGAAGUCAUACGGGAGGUAGGUCCUUGUCCCACAGAGCCAUAACGCUAGGUUACUGGUGGUCGAGCAUGCAUAAAGAAGCCCUGGAAUAUGUGAAGAAGUGCGACCAAUGUCAAAGGUACGCCCCGAGCAUACACCAGCCGGGCGGAGAGCUUAACCCGCUGUCCAGUCCUUGGCCAUUCGCACAAUGGGGCCUAGACAUACUAGGGCCAUUCCCCAAAGCGGCAGGGAACAAGAAAUUUCUUCUCAUCGGCAUCGACUACUUCACGAAGUGGGUUGAAGCUGAGGCACUGGCAAACAUUAGAGACGUCGAUGCCAAGAAGUUUGUUUGGAAAAAUAUAGUCACUAAGUUUGGAACCCCACACACCCUGAAAUCGGACAACGGGCUCCAGUUUGACAGCAAAUCCUUCAGAAGAUACUGCAAUGAGUUGGGAAUUAUCAACUGA